AUGGAAGGAAUCGCGGUAAUUGGCAUGGGCUGUCGGUUUUCCGGAGGGGCGACCUCCGUGGAGAACUUCUGGCAGAUGCUAUGCGACGGACGCACUGGGCAUGGCACUGUUCCCAAGAGCCGAUAUCAAGCUUCGGCUUGGCAUCAUCCCAGCCAUGAGCGCAAAGGAGCAAUCAAUCAUGAUAGUGGAUUUUUCCUGCAAGAGGAUCCGUCGCGAUUCGAUGCGCCUUUCUUCUCUAUAACUGCCAAAGAGGCGGAGGGGAUGGAUCCAGCACAGCGCUUGUUGCUUGAAGUUGCAUACGAAACAUUUGAGAACGGCGGAAUCCCAAUAGAUACGCUUCCAGGGAGCAACACGGCAGUCUACUCCGGUUCAAUGACCAAUGAUUAUGAGCUAUUAUCGACAAGAGAUAUUUACGACAUGCCUCACAACUCGGCGACUGGUAACGGAAGGACGAUGCUGGCGAAUCGCCUGUCUUGGUUCUUCGAUCUCCAAGGACCAAGCAUCAUGAUGGAUACUGCGUGUUCCUCAAGUUUGACUGCAGUACAUCUAGCAGCUCAAUCCUUGCGAUCUGGAGAGUGUGGUAUGGCCCUGGUCACUGGAGCCAGUCUUAUCCUACAUCCUAAUUUCACCCAAAGACUUUCCUAUAUGCACAUGAUGAGCGCAGACGGGAUAAGCCACUCAUUUGAUGAAUCUGCAAAUGGAUAUGGCCGAGGAGAGGGCAUCGGAGCUGUUCUUUUGAAACCUCUCAGCGCUGCAUUGGCCGAUGGAGAUAAUAUUCGAGCCGUGAUUCGUGGUACGGGCAUAAAUCAAGAUGGCCGCACUCCUGGAAUUACCUUACCCAGUCCAACGUCGCAAGCAAACUUGAUUCGUUCGGUUUACGAACGACAUGGUAUUUCGAUGAGAGACACCUCUUAUUUCGAAGCCCAUGGAACUGGAACUCCAGCCGGGGAUCCCACUGAGCUAUCCGCUAUUGGAAUGACCUUGGGCCAGGCACGAACACCGACAGAUGAGCCGGUAUACGUGGGCUCUGUGAAAACAAAUUUGGGUCACACCGAAGGAGCCGCGGGAGUGGCUAGCUUGAUCAAAGUUGUUCUGUGUUUGGAAAAGGGUAUGUUGGUGCCAAAUGCUGGUUUCAAAAAUAUCAACCCCAAAAUCCGGCUCGAUGAUUGGCGUCUGCGCCUAAGCGACAAAACGAUUGCCUGGCCAGACCAUCUACCACAGCGAGCUAGUAUCAACUCAUUUGGCUUCGGCGGAUCAAAUGCCCACAUAAUCCUUGAGAACCUUCCGGGGGAUGCUGAAGACCAAGAGCCAGCGCCUCAUGUGGUAGUUUUCUCUACUUUUGACCAAGCUGGCAUCGAACGCACGGGUCAAAAUUGGAGCACAUUUCUUCAAGAUCGGCAGAAGUCCAAGCAAGAUAUUUCAGUGAAAGAUCUAGCGCACACAAUGCUGACUCGCCGCUCGCAGUUGGGUUUUCGUAGCUUCGCAGUUGCCAAUUCACAAGAGCAGCUGCAAAGCACCUUGGACAAGGGACUGCCCGGGUUUUCUCGCGCUACUCGCAACGCUCAAACGAGGCUUGCUUUCAUUUUUACCGGCCAGGGUGGUCAAUGGGCUGGAAUGGGUCGAGAACUUUUGAGGAUUCCAACUUUCAAGAAGAGCAUGGCGCGGUCGCAAGACAUUCUCUCCGCCCUGGGAUGUUCGUUCGAUAUUGUCGAGGAAAUUAAAGCAGAGGCACAUGAGAGUCAAAUCAAUCGGCCUGAUCGCAGUCAGCCGAUUACUUGUGCGCUGCAAAUUGCACUGGUUGAUCUUUUGGCCAGCUGGUCUGUUUAUCCCAACGCAGUUGUUGGCCACUCCAGUGGUGAAAUCGGCGCUAGCUAUGCUGCUGGGUAUCUUUCCCACGAAGAUGCCAUGCGAGUCGCAUGGUUCCGCGGGUUCUUUUCACAACAAAUCGCCGAGAGUGAUAAACGAGGAGGUAUGCUUGCGACGGGAAUAUCCGCGACGGAUGCACAGAAGUAUCUCGAUGAGCUGCCUCCACGUUCAGUUGUUGUUGCGUGCGUCAACAGUCCUGCCAGCACAACUCUUUCUGGUGAUGUGGACUUCAUCAAUCAGCUUGAGACAAGAUUACAGCAAGAUGGUCAUUUUGCUCGGAAGUUGCGCAUUGAUACAGCCUAUCAUUCGCCUCAUAUGGAAGACUUGGUCGAAGUGGUAGGCAGUGCUAUCAGUUGUAUCAAGCCCGAAGAUCGAUACAGUGGGUCUAUUCCUAUGCUUUCAUCUGUCACGAAAGAGCGUGUAUCUCCUGAGGAGGUGGGUGGACCAUACUGGGUGCGCAACAUGGUCAGCACAGUCGAAUUCACUGCUGCAGUUUCGCAGCUCGCAAAAUUGAGCGAAUCUAUCAAGGCCCGCCGACGGCCGGUUCCAAUCAAAUGGACUGCAUUGGUCGAGAUCGGCCCGCACUCCGUUUUGAAGGGACCUGUCACUCAAAUUUUGAAAUCUGUCAACGCCAACAUGGCAUCAUUGCCUUACUACUCAUUAGUUUCGCGAAACCAGCACGCUUUACGAACAUCGUUGGAAGUCGCCGGUUCCCUUUGGAGUACUGGCCACACAGUGGACCUUGCUGCGGUUAACAGUAGCGUCGAUACCACAAGGCCAAUGCUGGUUACUGACUUGCCUUCUUAUCCCUGGAACCACCAAACAUCAUUCUGGCACGAGCCGUUGGAGACAGCACAAUUGAGACAGCGCAAGCAUCCGCGCCAUGAUAUCUUGGGGGCUUCUCUUGACUAUCAAAAUGCGCUGGAGCCACGAUGGAGAAACUUCUUGCGGCUCUCGGAAAACCCAUGGAUGGCAGACCACAUUGUGGCCGGAUCGGUUGUCUUCCCUGCUGCGGGCAUGUUGGUUAUGGCCACCGAGGCUGCGCGACAACUAGCUGAUGAUCAGGCGAAUAUCAAGGGAAUUGAGUUUCAAGAUCUUCAUUUCACACGGGGAGUGGUUAUCCCGGAGGAAGAACGAGGUUUGGAGACGCUUCUCCAGGUCUCGCCUCACCCAGGAAUGCCGGGUUGGUAUCAAUUUGGAAUUUUCUCGCUUCCAUCUGGGGGUGCCUGGAUUCAACAUGCAAAGGGUGCAUUCACGACGAGAUAUGAGGAUCGCAACGAUGACGAGCAAAAUGCAAACUGGAAAGCAGCAUUAGAGCGUAUCAAGAAUACGCAAACCAUCGCGAAGAUGGCUGAUGUUAGACAAGCACGUGAAUGGUUGUCUCACACGGGAGGACUCACCGUGGGACCGGCCUUCCAGACAAUCACCGGGGUGUCCUUUUGUGAGUCGGAGCCUCGUCUCUGGCUAUCUGGCGUGGUCACAGAUACAAAGCAAUCGAUGCCGAACGAAAAGGAGACACCUAGUUUUAUUCAUCCCACAACUCUUGAUUGCCUCUUCCAGUCCGCCCUCCUGUCAUGCUCUGAGGCAUUAUCAAGCAACAACGCCAAUAUUCCUGUUGGGGUAGACAACAUCUAUAUCUCCAAUGGGUUCCAGCCUCAGCCAGGUGAACAAUUUGUUGUCCAUACCGAAACGAAAUGGCGGGAUGGCAAGUCGCAAUCCCAGUGUAUCGCAUCGGAUCCCUCCUGGUCACAGCCCUGGAUCACGUUUGAAGGCGUUCACCUUGGUCGCCUUCCCUUCAACCCCAACUCACAAAAGGAAGAUCAAGUAUCCUCCAAGAGUCGGUAUUCAUCUAUUGUUUGGGAAGAACAUUUGGAGUCUGCACUUGUCACUAGAGAUAUUUACGAAGGAGAAAAGAAGAUGGCUGUGCAAGCCAGUAGUCUGCAGCUGACAGACUGGAUCAAGCGACUCUGCCAUACCCACGGUGAUGCCAGGUCAUUGAUUAUCACUUCCGACACAUCAAAAUCGUGGAUUCAGAAUCUUCAAGACUUGAUUCCAAGAGCCGGAAAGCGCCCUUUUCUCGGAAAGGUUACCAUCGCUCCAUGUGGAGGCGCCGAUGAACCGCCCGCGGAAACCCUCCCAGGCACUCGCAUUUUACCUCUCACUACCCUCCAUGACCUUCCAUCUUCGUCACUUGCUGAGGAUAUAUAUGAUCUGGUGGUUAUUGAUGAUUCUCAUUUGUGGGAUGACAAAACCACUCAAGCCGUUAUAUCUUUCCUUCCCACUAUUCUUGAACGUGGAGGCCUGGCAGCAAUGCGCAUGUCAGAGUUGACGCCAAUAGUGGAGAGGUUGCAGGCCUUUGACGGGCUUGAAGUUUGCAGUACGACUGGAGACCAGAACUACAUCAUCGUGCGUAGAACCCCAGCAUCGUGGACAACAGACACCGAAAUCUACGUUCUGAACCCAGCCGAUACGUCGAACUCAUCCCCCGUUUUUGAUCAUCUUGAAAAGAUAUUCGCGACUCACAACGUUCGCCUAGUUCCUGUGGAAUUGGAGCAAGUAUCUACACUCGCAGGGAAGACUGUGAUCUCGUUGCUGGACCUGGCAAAUCCCUGGGUAAUCGGCUUGACAGAUGAGGAUCUCAAACGUCUCCGAGAGAUAAUCCAAGCCCAAUAUGUUCUUUGUGUUUCACCCUCCUGGGAUCAAGGUUCUGUAGAGAACAUAGGAUCUGGUGCCGUGGGUGGCCUCUUGCGAACACUUCGCAAUGAGCAAUGGAACACUGUCAUUCCACAUUUGCUAGUGGACAUGGAAGAUCUGCAAGAAGACAAAUUCGGUUUGGCCUGUGGCAUUCUGCAGGUGAUGCAGCUCACCACACAGGAGAACUCUCGCAGGCCAGAUAUGGAAUAUCGUCUGGCGAACGGCCGAUUGUUGAUUCCACGGGUCCUUGAAGCCCCAGCAGUAGAGGAGUCCAUGCAAUCUCUGGUGAAUGGCCCCAGGCCAGUGUUGUCAGAGCUAGCCCUUGAUCCAAGGCCCCUUGAGUUGAAGUUUGAGGAUUCGCAAAAUACUCGCUGGGAGGAGCAACGAAUCUUGGAGGAGAAACUUCUGCCAGACCACACUGAAAUCAAAGUUGAAAUGGCCACUGUAUUUGACAUGCAUGAAGACCAGGGAAAGUCGCCAGAUACAGCUCUUCCAAUGUUUGAGGUUGUCGGAAAAGUCACUCGCAUUGGAUCUCGCGUGCAGGAUUCGGCUGUUGGCGACACAGUACUGGCCUUGGCAUCGGCGGACUCGGGACUCGCCACAACUAUGCGGGUCUUGGAGGGCAACACUAUCAGAAUUCCUGCAAACACUGACCCAACAAAGGCUAUAUCGACCCCCCUGGCGUACAUCAAUGCAUACCAAAUUCUCACCCAAGUCGGUCGCCUCAGCUCGAGCUCCUCGGUUCUUUUGGUCGGCCCAAUCAGCCAUACACUUCAGGCCAUGGUCGAGUAUGCCAUUGCCAUGGGCAUGCAAGUCAUUGUGGCCACCGAUACACAGGAAUCCACCAAGAAGCUUCGCUCACAGUACCCAUUUUUGGCGGAGCGAAUUUUAGGCAUUCACGGUAGCCUAGAAACGAGCGUGUCAAGGCUGACGAACGGAUGUGGAAUUGACGCCAGCAUCUGCUUCCUUGGUGGAUAUGUUGGCCGAAAUGCUGCAAAGUGUCUGGUCCAAGGUGGUCAAUACAUCAAUCUGUCCAGCGAUAUGAAGCUGAGCGCUCUCCCGGAGAGCUUUAUCGACAGUGGCUGCACAUUCUCUUCUCCACGCCUACAAAAAUCAUUCUCUGAAAAUCCCGGUAGUCUGCAUGCUUCACUGCGGUAUGUGAUAAACUUCAUGAAGCAACAUCGGAUGCUCGACCGGGUGAAAUCUUAUUCCAUUUUCCCUAUUUCCGACCUCCAGGGAGCGUUGACACAUUGCAAGCAGACCAACACACGAGCUAUUGUGGACCUUCAAGCUCCAGGAAAGGUUCCCAUUGUACUCCCACUGCCAGAACUUACCAGCUUGCCAGCAGAACAUACGUAUAUCCUCGCUGGUGGAUUGGGAAAUCUAGGCCUUGCCCUUGCCGGUACCUUGGUGCAAUCUGGGGCCCGCCAUUUGGUGUUCCUUGGGCGUUCUGGGGGAGCUCAACCCAGCCAACAACUAGCCCUCGACCUCCUUCGGAAUUACGGUUGCCACAUAGAUAUACUGCGUUGCGAUAUCUCUCAGAUGGGAGACAUUGAUCACCUUCGACAUAAAAUUCGCAGCAAAAACUGGCUUGUUGCAGGUGUGAUCCAGUGCACAACCGUUCUUAAGGACGCAAUGUUUGAAAACAUGACCUUUGAGGAUUGGACCCAGUCCACACAAUCAAAGAUUCGUGGAACACUGAACUUGCACCAUCUGUUCUCAGAGAAGGGUGAUUUAACCUUCUUCGUGGCACUCUCCUCUGUGGCAAGUGUCAUUGGAAAUAUGGGCCAGGCCAACUAUUCUGCUGGCAAUGGUUUCAUCGAUGCUCUCAUGGAAUGGCGACGUAGCCAUGGUCUUCCUGGACAUUCUAUAAACAUCGGUCUCGUUCCAGAUGCCAGUGGACUCAGUGACAUCGCCGAAGAUCAGGAGCAACGCCGUCGCCGAUACAAGCAUCUUGAGGGCACAGAAAUUAUGACCCAUGAGUUACAGACCUUACUUCGGGUGAUUAUCAACAGCAAAUUGCCCCUUCCAUCUCAGAUUAUCGCCGGCAUGACCGACUCUCUAUCUCGCAGCAAUGGUUCCACGGCGUGGGUGCUAGAUCGAAAAUUCGAUCACCGAUUGUGUCUCGCUGUCGAGGGUAACGGUGACUCCAAGGUUCAGACCAGCACUUUGCUCAAAGAGUCCGACUCCAUUGAUACCGCCUCUCAGAUUGUUCUUGACAUCCUGAGCGAAUAUUUAGCAGAUGCGAUGGCUACCACCGCCGAUGCUAUAGACUCGGAUUUACCUUUGUCUGCCUUGGGUGUUGAUUCUCUCAAAGCUACAGCCGUCCAAAAUUGGGUUUCUCGUGAACUGGGGGCGGAACUAUCCUCUUUCGAAUUCCUCGGUUCGCAACCAACCAAGACAUUGGCCAAGAAGAUUGCUUCUGCUAGUUCAUUUGUCUCGGUGCCGAGCUGA